AUGUUUCGUAUUCCAUUAUCAUUACCCAAUAUCAAUGUAUUUACAUUUGGCGAAUCAUCUCUAUAUGGUUAUGAUUCAUUAAAUCAUUGUUUAAUUGUUUAUUCAUUAAAUGAUUUAAACAAUUUACAUGAAAAUCGUCCUGAUCGUUUUCAUUUAUCUUCAUCUCCGUCAACAGCAAUUGAAAAAUUAAUUUUAAAUCCAAAUGAAACGAUUCUUGCCUUAAUAUCUGACAACACCGUUUAUUUCGUGUAUUUACCUCAAUUAAUCAAUUCUCCUUCAAAAGGUUCUCGUCUUUGUCCAUUAAAUGUUCUUCCAUCAAAUCCAUGUGAAUUGAUUGAUUUUCUUUGGUUAUCUCCACAUCAUUUUGUACUUGUGAAUUGUUAUCCAUCAUCCAGUGAAUGUCAUCUUUAUCGAAUUCGUCUAUCGAGAAGUUCUCAUAUUGAAUUUAUUCAAACAUAUUCUGUUGGAAAUGAAGGGAAAAGUCGUAAAAAUGAAACUCCAACAAAAAAUAUUUCACUUCGUCAACCAGCAAACAUUGUCAAAUUAGAUUUAGCCAAACGAAAACAAGAUCAAUUCACCUAUCUUCUUCUCUUUGCAUUAAAAGACAAUGGAGAUAUUUAUCUUCUUGAAUUUGAGCAAAAUCAAUUCUUUCAAAAUGAAAAUUCAAUUUGUGGAGAAUUUCACGGUCCACUUCGAAUUCUUCCACCAACAUACGAUAAUUAUGGUUCUAAUUAUAGUCAUUCAAAUUUUCUUUGUUUAUCGUGUUCGGAGAAAGUCUUGAUUCUUUUAACACGGAAUAUUUGUCAAAUAAAUCAAUGUGUUCUUUUAAAUCCAUCAAAUGAUGAGUUUUGUUUAUUUACAAUUGAUUCGAUUCAUUUACCAAAAACUGAUCAAAUGAAUUUAACGAUCAAAUCAAUGAUUAGAAAUCCGUUGAAUUCGAAUGUUUAUUAUGUUUGUGAUUCAUCAUCGAAUGUUUAUUCAAUUGAAAUCUCGUGGAUCAAUGAAAUUCAAGAGAAACAAAUUUCAGCAACGAAAAUUCAAUAUUUAUGUAAAUCGAAUCAUUCGAUUGAACAAAUUGGUUUAGUUCAAACGACUAAUAAAGGACAAUGGUUAACGAUUUUAACAAAAACAUCGCAAAAUCAAGAAAAAGAAUUGAUUCUUCUUCGUCCGAAUUCUUCAUUGAAUUCUUCAACAAAUGAAAUGAAAUGUGAUUCUUUGAUUGAACCAUUAAGAAAUGAUCAAUCAAACGCAAAUCAUUCUGAAUUUGUCGAACGUAUUCAUUCGAUUUUACAUCGUAAUUUAACAUUACCUCAUGUAACUCUUUCUUCAUCUUCAUCAUCACAAACAAAUCUUUCUAAUGGAGAUUUUCAAAAUAAUCUUUUGAAAUUUCUUCAAUUCUUUUCGGAAGAAUAUCUCGAUAAACAAGAAAAAGUUCAAAUUGAAUUACAAAAUAAACAAAGAUAUUUAAAUGAUUUUCAACAACUUCAAAUCAUCGCAAAACAAGAAUUAGAUGAGAAAUUUCAACAAUUACAAAGUUCAAUCAAAUCUUUCAAUGAACAAUAUCAUCAAGAAUAUUUUCGUCGACAAGAAUUAUCGUCACAUCUUGAUGAUUUGUUAUCCAUUGUUGAACAAAAUACUCCAGUUGUUUCCAAUGCUGAAAUCUUAAUGCAUCAACAAUUGGAAAGAUAUCGAAUUCAAAUUGAUUCUCUGCAAAAGAAAUUGGCACUUUUAAAAGAUUUUAUUCCAAAGAAUUUACGAGAAGAAAAAAUUGAUCAAUCAUCAAUGGAAAAUAUUCAAAUAUUUCUUCAAUAUUUUAAAACACAUAUUGACCAAAUGAAACAACAAAUCAACGAAAUUAAUCACAACAAUUGA